AUGAGCUCGGAUCCCGGCUACCGGGCCUCCUCCUACCGCAAGCUCUUCGGGGAGCCCCCUCGGCUGCCCGCCUCGCUCCCCGCCAGCGGCCGGGGCCCCUCGCUGCCCCGCAGCCAUCGCCCCCCGCCGGGCGCCUCCCGCCGGGCCGAGGCGUGGGUGGACCUGCACGGGCUGGGCCGCGGCGGCGGGGAGCAGGAGCGGCCGGCCGGGGAGGUGCAGCGCCUGAGGGCGCGCUGCGACAAGGAGACGCGGAGCCGGGCCGAGGCGGAGCCGCGCGCCCAGGCGCAGCAGCGGGAGGCGGACGGGGCGGCGCGGGCCCGCCUGGGGCUGGAGCAGAAGGUGGAGGCGCUGCGGGAGGAGCUCGCCCUCCUGCGCCGGGCGCACGGGGAGGAGCGGGCCGAGCUGGCGGAGCCGGACCUGGCCCAGCCGGACCUGAGCGCGGCGCUGCGGGAGAUCCGCGCCCAGUACGAGUCGCUGGCGGCCAGGAACCUGCAGGCGGCCGAGGAGUGGAACCGCGCCAAGUUCGCCACCCUCAAGGAGCAGGCGGCGCGCAGCAGCCAGGCCGCCCGGGCCAGCCGCGGGGAGAUCCACGAGUGCCGCCGCCAGCUGCAGGCCCGCACGCUGGACUGGGAGAGUCUGCGCGGCGCCAACGAGUCCCUGGAGCGGCAGAUCCAGGAGAUGGAGGAGAGGCACGGGGCCGAGGUGGGCGGGUUGCAGGACAGCAUCAGUCAGCUGGAGAAUGACUUGAGGAACACCAAGAGCGAAAUGGCUCGUCAUCUGAGGGAGUAUCAAGACUUGCUCAGUGUUAAAAUGGCUCUGGAUAUAGAGAUUGCUGCAUACAGGAAGCUGCUGGAAGGUGAAGAGACACCUUUUACCACUGGAAGCAUCAGCAUUUCGGCUCUGAAUCCGCAUUCUAACCCCGGUUAUUCUUUCCAGCCCAGAGUCUUCAAUUUACCUGUGGCCACUGUCUCAAAAAUAUAUCCUACUCGUUUUUUUAAGAAAGAAGAGAAAGAGGAGGCUUCUAAAGUGUCCUCUAAAGUAUCAUCUGGUCAGAUGGGGGAGACCUUUGCUGAAAUGAUUGAGGAGACUGUAAUGUCUACUAAGAAAACUGAGCAAUCAAACCUGAAGGAAGGAAACAUUACAAACCAAAAAAUGUAACCUUUGAAAGGAAUAGAAUUAGCAUUUAAGGGGGAACAAAAUACACUAGACCUUUCAAUUGUCUACACCUGAAUUAAUGCACUUGUCACCCAGUAUAAAUGUCCCAGCGCUUCAGCAUCAUUAGAAACAGUGCAUCCCACACCGUAGCCAGGAGCAAUUAAACGACAGAGGGAUCUCAAAGCUUAGGCUGAAAUUGGAGAGGAUGGCAACCUGGGUAACUACAUCUGCUGGGGUCAUCACGAUUAGCUAAACCAAAUCACACAAUAAGGAACUCCUCACUCCAAAGACGACACAAUCUACCCACAUUUGUGGCUGCUCCUGAUGUAUGUUUUACACAUGUUAAGGCUAUUUCCAGUUACAAACUAUACUAGGAGAAGGCUGAAUUUGGUCUAUUCUUCCCCUUUAAAGCAGUUUCAGGUUUGGAUAGACAGUUUCUUUAGCACCCUGCUCUGCAGUUAGCUCGAUGCAUGUUGGUCAUUUCUGUGAUUGCAUAGUGACUUCUUGUGUCCAUAUCACCUCAUUCCAUCUGGUAGCCAACUGGUUAAGAAAAAGACAUUGAUUCGAAUUGACGGUGCCAACUAGUCACAGGGUUAAAAAAUUGUUUUUAUAUAUAUAUAGUUUCUUAAUUAUGGGCCUUGAUCUAUUUUAAAAAUCAGCAGAAUACAAAACAAACAAAAACCAAACCCCCAACAACCCCAAAUUCUUGACCUGUAGCCUGUCACUUUAACUCUAGAAGCACAGAACAUACUGAGCUAUGAGACAGCCUGACUUCUGCACGAGCAUUAAACUCUAAGGUGCAUACAUUUCUGCCAAUUGACUGGUUCUCUAGUUUGGUGGCAUUAGUCUGUCCAUAUUCUCAUGAGAAGAGGUUUAUCAAUAGCACAUGUAAGUUAGGAGAGUUUCCUUUGUGUAUUUAAAAUGUGUACACAUGACUGCACAAUAAAAUCACAAGUGGAUCUCAAUGGCUCUUGCAGUGCAUUUCUGAUGACAUGUUGGAAGAUGCGUACUUUUUGUCCUCAGUAUUCAGACUCAGAAGCAACACAGCCGCACAAACACUCCACUUCUGCUUGAUAAAUAGACAACAACUGGUGCGGUGAGGUAAUAUGAUUAAAAUAAUUCCAGCUUCCACCACACUUUUUCAGACAAACCGUCAUGGAGUCACAGGUGACCAUAACAGAGAGAUUCUAGUCACUGGAAGGACGGAUUCAUACCCAAUGUUUUUCCAAAGGAAGGGAUUCUGGCAGGGUAGCAUUUCACCUUCCAUUUCAAUCUGCCAAACUUUGUUAGUGUGUGUGUCUCCAGUCUACCUGUUCCAAUGUGUGCCAAGUUCAAUAUAGGAUUUAUUAUUGUAGGUUUUUCCAAUGCCUUAAAAUCGCCAGCGAUCGCUUUUGCAAGAGCUGAAGACUGUGUGUUUGUUGUGUGUUUGCCAAAGCACUGUGCCAUGAUGAGGUUAUGAUCACACAAGACCUUGGUGUCAGUGUUGCCAGGAUAAGCUCCUGGAAAUAGAACAUUGUUUGCUCGCACUUUUCCUCUUCUACUGUAAGGCACAAGUUAAUAAAAAAAAUUGUGACAUGAAUCCCACCACUCUCUUGU